AUUUCAAAAUGGGGAACUUAACAGUAAAUGUGGAGGUACCUGGUUCCUAAUUGAAGGUGACGGGCCAUUUUCUUGUGAAAAUAAUGUUUACUAGUGCCGUGGACUGAUGUAACUUGUAAAAACGCUUUCGCUUAAAAAAGACACGACCAGGAAAAGAAAACCAUAAUGAAGUUUAAUUGUGUUAUUUUGACGAUAUUAUGCUGUGUGACUCAGACAUUUUGUGCAAUAGUAACACCACCUCCAAUGGAUGGGGACAAACCUGUAUUUGCUAAUGGGAUUGUGUAUUAUUUAAAUCAUAUACCCGAUCACUGUAAGGAACCCAGAAUUACCACGUAUUCGUCUGGAGGAAUUAUUAAGGACAAGAGAGCUCUUGUUCUCAGUGAUAGCCCCCACAUAAUUUAUGGGAAUAUUGAGAUAGCCCCUACUGGAUGUUUAUACAUACAACCAGGCUGUGAAUUGAGGUUUGGUCCAGGGUUUGGUAUCAUAGUUAAUGGAACAUUAAUUGCAAGGGGUAGUGAAACACCAGGAGAGCGUAUUGUUAUGACUAAAGAUAAAGGACUUGAUACUGGUACACCUUCUGGUGAUUGGUCAACAGAUUCGCGUCUUGUAGAUGGUAAUACAACACAAGAUGGUCGACUAGAAUUACUGUAUAAAGGAUUAUGGCGUGGCAUUUGUACAAAUUAUGUGAAUUUCACAGAAAUUGAUGCCAAUGUAACUUGCAGACAUCUUGGAUUUCUGAAAGGAAAUUUUACGUACCACUCUUUUACUCGGAACCAAACAGAAUAUAUGUUAUUUGAGAAACCUGAUUGUGGUGGAACUGAAAACAGUUUGUUUGAUUGUGGAGGAUCAAGAAACAUUCGAUUAGGUCAUCACAUUUGUGAUGGUCAACAAGUGAUAGGAUUUGAAUGUGAGGGAAUGAGACCUGGUUUAGCCUUGAAUCAUUGGCGUGGCCUUGAAUUCUAUAAUUCUACGUUGGAGGAAGUAUUUGUUGAUGAUAAUAUUUAUAUCAACAAAACCUAUUCGUUCUUAGAAUACCUAGACAUUUUAUAUGCUGGUCUCAACACCUUUAAUGGUCGAGGCAUCGGUAUAAAUUAUCCACUGGCUGCUAUUAGUGCUAGUCCAUUUGUUCCGCUCAUGAAUAAUGUUACUAUUAAGUAUGGUGCAUAUGAUGCUAUGAACCUGACAGAAAUCAGAGGAAGUAUACAUAUCGCUAAUAGUACCAUUCAAGGAAACAGAGGAUAUGGAAUUUUUAUCCAGACUGCUGUUGGAGGAGUCUUGGUUAACCAGACAAACAUAACCAAUAAUUGGGGAGAUGGUAUAAAAAUGCAAAUGAGGAAUUUAACUAUAGUGGAUUUUGUCCAACAGUAUCCGUGGGAUGAUGGCUUCUGUUCCGGUGUAAAUAUUGGGUCUCAGACUUACCCAAUCUAUGAGUUUCAGGAUGUUAUGUCUCCUGAUGGUAGGAAGCCAUUGGGUAGUACUUGUGAUAGAUUAUUUACCACUACAAAAGAUAAAAAGGUGACAGUACAUUUUAUGAUGAUGCAAAAUGAUCCACUAGCAUCUGCUACGCUAGAGAUAAGGGAUGGAAGUAGUUUUGGGAAAGUUCUAGGGUUAUUUAAUAUCGCCAAUGGUAGUUAUCCUCAAUCUGUUACCACUAAAACACAAACUGCCCACAUUCAGUUAAAGUACAGUCUUCCUAGGAAUAGAAUAUGUCCAACAUUUAAACCAUGUAUAAGAUUUCUUAUACAAAUUGAAACAAGUAAUUAUACUGCAGAAGAUUUUGCCCUGAUUUUAUCUGAAGUGUCAAACAACACUGGCUAUGGCGUAAAUGUUGAAGACAUGCGUUGUAAAGUUUUCUUCAACACAACAGAAAUAUCAUAUAAUAUGUAUGGUGCAGGAAUACGUGUUUAUGGAGGUGCUGGCGAAGUUACCAUUAAUAAUACAUUAUUAGAACAGAAUAGUAAAUGUGGAGUGAAUAUAACAUAUGCUGGAGGCUUUCAACUCAUCAAUAAUUCCAGAAUUAUAGACAAUCAUGGUUAUGGAGUGAUCACAGAGUAUGAACGUCUGAAUAGAACUAGAUUUGAAUCUGAGCUACGCUUACAAGUUGUUCGUACACAUUUUAUUGGUAACGAAUGGAUUGGUCUUCGUGUGGGAAAUUAUUGUAAGGGUGGUAAUAUCUUAGUUAAUGAAAGUUACUUUGCGUAUAACAUGGAUGAAGCUAUUGAAUAUUUGUCGUGUAAUAUAUCAACCAUGACACCAACUAACUUUAGUGUGGAUUUGAAUAAAUUUGAGGGUAAUUUCCGACACGGCAUACUUAUACAUCCCUUGAUAAACACUGUUGGAAUUAUUUCUAAUAACACUUUUAAAAAUCACAGUAUUGGUGCACUGAGAAUUGACAAUGGAUAUGAUUUGUUAAUAAGUCGCUGGUACCGACAAUUUCAUGUGGAUUAUAAUAUCUUUGAAAAUAAAUUCAUGGAUAACAAUGGCAGAUAUGCAGCUAGUCUGCGUUUGACCCAAGAUUCCCCAUUUCAGAAAAUGUACUUUAAAUAUAAUGAUUUGCGAAACAAUGAAAUACAGGACAUGUUUAUGUAUCUGAAUCCCAGGAAUCGUGCCAAUGCAGUGCUAGUUGUGUCGUCUGGUAAUAUAGAAGUCAAACGCAAUUGGAUUGAAAAUCCUGCAUCCAUACGUGAGAUAGCCACCCACUUAAUUGACCCGUCUGUCCAAAUUGAUGGCACACAGAAUUAUUGGGGAUUUACUGUUACAAUCAAAGAAAACUUCAAAUCUAUUCACGAACAGAUUUUUGAUCAAGACGAUCGCUAUAAUUUAGCACAAAUUAAUUACUAUCCAGUACUUAAUACAGAGAGAUUGUACGAUAAUUAUUUAUCAGAUCAAGUGGCUACAUAUAAAUGGCAGUUCAACCGUGGGAAUUAUAUUGGUGGUAUUUUGGAAACAGGUAUUUUUGAAGUCCAGAAUAAUGAAGUGUAUCAUGUGGAUCGUGAUAUUUAUAUUUAUCCAGGAGCAACGUUGAGGGUCAACCCCGGGGCCAUCUUAGAAUUUGACAGUUCAACAGGUAUGGUAGUUCAUGGCUGUCUUAAAGCAGAUGGAGGAAGGAAGGAUGGUGUUAUAUCAUUUAAACUGUGGGAAGAAGAAAAUGUAACAGCUGUAGAAAAUAGAACCGCUAGUGUAAGAUUAAUAGAUGGAUUGGAUGAGUAUGAAGGACGUUUGGAAGUUGAAAUAAAUAAUGAAUGGGGAACAGUUUGUGAUUUGGGAUGGAUGGAACAGAAUUCUGUUUUAGUUUGUCAACAACUAGGAUUGACGUUUAAUCCUGCCAUGGCAAUAGCUCGACAGCGUUUAGCUGCUACGAGUGAACAAGAGAUACUCUUAAGUUGGGUAACGUGUGAUGAAUUAGAUACAGAUUUAACUAAAUGUAAAUCUAUUCGUGAAUCUCAACCAGACUGUUCACAUAAUCAGGAUGUAUUUAUACGUUGUCAACCUCCAACCUGGUCUGGCAUAACAAUUCCACCAACUCAAAAAGAUGGUCAGGCUUGUCAAACUCAGAUUCGUCAUGUUUCUAUACAGAAAGCUGGUCUUUUAGAUCAUUCCACUAUGUCAUACACACCAGCAUUACGAAUAGAUUACAACUAUUUCCAGAUUUCAUUUAUAGAAGUCAGAGAUUCACUAUCUGAUGGUAUCCAUAUUAAAUUUAAUCAUCCCUAUAGUGAAAAUAAACUGGAGUAUGCAAACUUAGUAGGUAAUGCUGGGAAUGGUCUCGUCACGAGAAGUCCUCGAAUUGAUGUUCAGUAUUCUAAUUUUACCAGAAGUGGUGGAGCUGGUUUUGUAUACGAUAGUUUUUUCACGGAAUAUGACGCGCUCCUAGUAAGAAACUCCAUUCAUAGCAUCAACAGAAUUUAUUUGACGAAGACACCAUCAUAUAGACUUGGUGACCGAUCGAUGGUAUAUCUGUUGUGUGAUACAGGAAUAAACAGACAGGAUCAAGAAUAUUAUACAGAAAUAGAGACUGAAGGAUCAAGUCUACGAAUAACCCUGCAAGUGUUGGAUUAUUCACCACAGACAGAUAUCGAGGAAGUAAUUGUGUAUGAUUCCAAAAAGGCGGACAUCAUGCCUACCACCAAAAAAUGGGUGAUAGAAGAUGAUUUGAUUGAUUUUCCAGUGGUUUCAUCCUCUAAUUAUCUUACUAUCAAAUUACAUGUGAAAGGAAUUAGAUCUGGUCGUCUAGCAUUUGUGGUUAUUUCAGAGGGAUAUCGACCUAAUCCUCCUGUGAUGCUGACUAAGUUCUUUAACUGUACAUUUGAUGGCAAUAAGCAGGGUAUUGUGACAUAUCAUUAUAAUAAUCCAUCUAAUAUCAAGAUGGAACUCUAUCAUAGACAUAGACAAGAAACUAUAUAUUUUGAAAGAGUUUAUGUUUACAACAGUCAAGCUGAAGCUAUGCACAUGCCCAGUGUUACUAAAUAUAAUGAUGACUACAUCCCCACGUUUGAAGAGUUGACAAAACCACAGCGAGUUGCCAGUAUCUAUUAUAAUAUUAAACUCAGCCAUUUUAUUGAUAAUGCUAUAGGUAUAUUGGCCGAACACAACCAUGUUGAUUUUGCUAACAACGUGUGGCACUGGUCGAUAACCGAAUCCGAAAUCAGGCGAUGCAGAGAAGGGGGAUUAGAAAUUGAGUUGCCUCGAGUUAACGAUAUGAUUGACCGUAAGAAGCACAGUCUUUUAUUUACCGAGUCAACAGUUGCUGACAACCAAAACUUUGCAUUUUCUCUCAAUGGAUAUUAUUGCAAUGCCAACAUUGUUAAUAAUAAUUUUUUGAAUAAUGUCUGUCGAAAAGGAUUCCUGACAAUUUCUGGUAUGGAGAAAAACAUGAAUAUCACCAAUAAUUUAUUCCGUAAUAACUUUGGUCGAUACGUGAUUGACAUGGAUAUUACUAGUCAUUCAGAAUAUGCAGACUUAGUUAUUGCUAGUAUAAUGUUAAACGAGUUGUGGAAUAAUCGUUACUUUGAUGGAAGAAUUCCUCCUGGUGCAGCUUACAGUGCCAAAACUUAUGCUUUGGCAGUUCGGGGUCUUCAAAAUGUCAUUGCCAACAGGAAUAUUUUCAACAAUCCUGAUUUGGGUUAUGAAUUAGUAGCAGGAAUAACAGCUCUUUCUCUCGGUAAUCCUGUGAAUGUUAAAGAAAAUUGGUGGGGGGCCACAGAUGAUUACACAAUUAGAAAUCGAAUUUUUGACUUCGAUGACUGGAAUAAUUACGUCAUAGCCUCUUUUUUCCCAUAUCUAACUCGAGCAGAUGUCAAUUCUGACCUAGCCAUUGGUGAUCCUGUGGAUAUUCCCCUAGAUCCCAGCCGUCUGGGAGGGCGUGUGAACACAAGAUUGAUUUUACCCUACAAACCAGAACCUUAUGUGGUUUAUUCUGAUCUCACUGUGAUGCCAGAAGCCAGUUUAACUAUCGAACCUGGAACAGAACUUCAUUUCCGGCCAAAUGUAGGGAUCUUAGUUUUAGGAAUACUGAAAGCAGAGGGUUUACCAUUCAGUAGAAUCAAGAUGAAACCACUAAGAUCAACUGUGUCUGACAUAAAUUUGCGUUCUAAGAGAGCCACUUCUAAUAAUAUCCGACUACGAGGUGGGGAAACUCCCAAUGAAGGAUUCUUAGAACUAUACAAUUCAUCAUCAAAAUCUUGGAAUAUUAUGUGUGACAGUCAGUUUAAUGAGAAGACAGCCGAAGUUGUCUGCAGGGAACUAGGUUUGGAAACCAUCAAUGUUAGAGUUCGCUUUACUAGUUUAUAUGAUCAUUUCAUAUUUGGAAAACCAAUGUAUUUUAGAAAAGAGUUCUGGUUUAAUAGGUAUUAUUGUCGUGGGGAUGAGACCGAUCUACAACAGUGCAUGAAAAGAUACAAUUACAACUUGCUGCCAUGUAUUUAUGCAGCCAAUUACACAUUUGUUCGUUGCGGGGAACGCAAUUUGGAAGAUGGCACAGAAUAUUGGGGGAACAUCCGCUUUUCUACACCAGGGUAUCAGGAGGAAAUUCAGAGAGUGAUGCAGGAACGAGAGGAAUCGAUCAUGCAGUAUGUUGACAUAGAGGGAGCAGGCUUGUUACAUGGAGAAAAAGUUGGCGCCAUUCAAACUACUUAUGUUACUCCACGAUUUGAAAACAUCAAUAUUACUAAAUGUGUACAUAAUGGUUAUGAUAUUAUAGCUCCUAGAGAUAUUUUACAAAUGAAUAAGCAAAAUGUGACAAAUAAUUUAGGUUUUGGAAUAAACGUUCUUGUACUGAAUGGUAAAUCUAACAAAGAGGUCUCAACGUUUAAACCACUAGGUAUCAGCACUGUUCCUUACCAUGUGUACGGCUUGGUAGAUAUCUGCCGUAUGGAGAAGGAAAUCACACUGAACAAUAGAAUGAUUCUUUACUACAAGUACUCACACAAGAGUGUUGAUUGCGUAAAGAUAAUACGCAGUGACAGUUCACUUAAGACCAUUGGAGUAAGAUUUUUACAGCUUAAUCUGUUUGAAGAUUACUUUUCCCGUAAUGUGAUAGAAAUAUUUGAUGGAAAGAUAGUUUCUGAUAACACAAUGCUUGGUGAAAUUCGUGCUAACAGCAGUGAGAGAGAAAUAUUGAAGUUGUUUGAAAGUACAGGAGAUACAAUAACAGUACAUAUCCAUGCUUCGGUCUCACAUGAAACAUUUGGUUUUAUAGCAGAAGUACUAACAAUACCAUUUGGUGGACUCACUUAUCCUGAUGACAAUUAUAAACAUACAUUUUCCAACACUGUCCUAAGAGAAAACCAAGAUGGAGCCAUACAGUAUAAAAACAUAGGAGAAAUCAGUCCUUCUUUAUUUAUUAACAAAUGUUGGAUAGAAGGUAAUGGGGUGGCCAUUUUGAAUUUGACCUCACCCGCCACCAUUGAUAUUUCUCUUUACGGAACAAAACUGUUUGGUUUUGAUCACAAUUUUGUAUCAAGAAAUAAAGGUGGCACGUAUCUCUCUAUGACUACCAGUACCAUUGUUACUGCUAUAAGAGGAAACUUGACGCACAAUGUCUUUGCUUUUGGUACAAAUGGAGAAGCUCUGAACAUAUCUGGCCAUUAUUAUCAAAAACUACUAGUUUACCAGAACUAUAUUUUUAAAAACACUGCGGGAGAUUAUAGAGAUGUUAUUCACAUAAAAGAUGUAGUGGUUAACUUUACCUAUAAUGCAGUAAAGGACAACAUAGGUCAUAAUAUUUUGGGAGCUUAUAAUAGUGAACAAGCCCAACAGUUAUAUACAAGAAAUGGAUUUGAUGGUAAUAAUGCUACAGCACUGUAUGAAAGUACUAUUAAAAUUGGACGUGGUAAACCACUCUUCAAAAAUAAUUAUUUGGUAAAUGAUUUGAAUGACUUUGAAAUGGAAGCUCCUCCUAAAAUAGAUAAUAUAGCUAUACAAGCUGUAGAGAACUGGUGGGGGUCAGACAGACAAGCAUUUAUUAGUGGCAAAGUUUGGGAUGCAUUUGAUGAAAAAUCUUUGUCUGCAAUAACAGUUUCCCCUCCCAAAUUAUCAAAUAGAUCUGUUGUGGAAGGUGAUUGUUUACCUGGUUGGAAGUUAGAUAAUGGUAGAUGUUAUAGAUAUAUGGGUGCUGCUGUACCCUUUCAUGAAGCUAUAGAAUUCUGCAAGCUAAAUGAAGGGUACUUAGCUGAUGCUAGGAAUAGAGGACGUUUCUUGGAGUAUUUAUUACGAUUAAUGCGUAAUGUGAAUGAACCACAGAUGAGAGUAUGGGUAAAUGGUGAAGUACGAUCACGAAGAUGUAGUUCGUUUGAAUAUGAUUACGUUGUUGAAGAAGAAGAUUGUACCAGAUUAUUAUAUCCUUUUAUAUGUGAAAAAGAUCCAUAUAUACAGAGACCAGAUGAGUCAACAAUCAAUGCUCUGGCUAUAGGUAUAGGAGCUGGUGUAGGUAGUGUUAUUAUUAUCAUACUACUUGUUAUCUGUAUACUCAUGAUUAUUAAAUCACGACAGAGAAAGAUACAACGAUUUGAGAGAACCGCUUCAAUGAGGUCAUCAAUCAGGGGAUCUAUAAGAUCGAAAUCUUUGAACACCAUCUUAACCACAGGAACUCUUUCUCGAACACAUAUCGAUCAAGAUGAACGCUAUUCACAGUCUUCAUAUGGAACUAAGGCUUCUUAUUCUCAAAAUGGUUCUAACCCCACGGUCAAUGGCAGUAUGGGUAGUCUUCAUAGUUUACGUGCCAACAGACGAGGAUAUAAUCCACCAACAACAGAAAUGGAGAGAAAGAGACGAGAAGCAGAAGAAGGUGAGCGUAGAGCACGUGAAAAUCACGCAUACAAAGAUUCAACCAUGGAGGAUGAAGAUUCCUAUGAUGAAGAUGAAUUCUCGGAAGUAGAGAGUCAAAAUGAAGAAACCAGUCCUGUUCAAAAUAAUAAUAAAUAUGACAAUGUGCCGGGCUACAAACCACAGAAUCGGGUCGUAGCAGAAAUAAACAGUGCUCAAAGAUCUCAGUCUAGUGGCAUGAUUUUUCCUAAUGAUGCAUUUGCCAGUGAAUUAGAGAACAGAAGUAAAUCAUUGUCCAGUUUUAGUAACGAUAGUAGUACACCAACAACCCCAAUUAAAGAAAAUAUAUUUUUACCAGGCAGAAGUGAGCUUCCUCCUCCACCUCCAGAUCCACGAAUGACAUACAACCCACCAACACCUGUUCAAAGAGACUACACAGACUCUCCCAAACCAUCACCACGCACUGUCAGACCAGUACCGCCAACCAGAACGCCAAGAACCUAUCAUUCACAGGAUAGUUUGGAUGGCCCACAUAAUAAUUUACAAGGAAGUAUGGCAGGUGCACGACACCAUAAAUCACAAGGUAGUAUGAAUGUUUCAGAGAAAAGCUACCCUACACAAGACUGGGGUAGUAGACACUAUGAUCUACCACCUAUGAAUUAUCAACCACCUUCUUACGAAGAAGCGUCUGCUGAUUCUUUUGAUAACUACCAACCCUAUGUAGCUCCAGGCAUAGAUACCAUCAGAGCAUCACCUUCUCCUCUCAUCUACCCUGGUACAGACACAAUGAGGAAUCCCAAUACAUAUUACCGUAAUUCGCCCACACCUUCACAUACCAGUGGACAACCAUCACAUGUUCGCUAUAUGCCAGAAGGUAACACCCUGUAUUUGAAUAAUAGUCAGAAUACUUUACAACGUAGAGAUGAUCCUAUAGAGACAGAAAUAUAACUCAAUAUAAUUAUUUGAAUAAAUUCCCGAGAAAAAUCAGAAUAAAAAAUAUUUUUGGACAGAUAUCAAAUCUGCAUAUAUUUACAAUUUAAGAAUAUCUGUACAUUUUAAAUAAUGUUGAAUCUUUUUAAAAAUUUAAUUGAAAUUAAAGCAGUCACCUAAGAAAAAUGAAAUGAACGUCAAUUAUAAAAUUCUACGCAAUUUUUAUGCGCCCACAUUUUCAUGUGGACGUAUAUUGUCGUCAUCCCUGUUCGUCUGUCCACAAUUUGUUUGUGGACACUCUACAAGUCACAAUUCUUAUUCGAUUUUGACGAAACUUGAAAUAGGUUUAUCUCCAAAAGAUCUCAGUUCAAUUCGAUAUUGGCAUGUUUCGGAUCGAAACCUCAUGGAUUAUGGCCCCUGAUUGUACGAAAAAUCACAUUUUUAGCUGGUGGACACUCUAGAGGUCACAAUUUUCAUCUGAUUUUGAUGAAAUUGGAAAUGCCUGUUUAUAACCCAAAGAUCUUGGUUCCUGUCGAUAUUUGCCCAUAUCGGAUUGUAACUUCCUGAAUUAUUGCCCUUGAUUGUACGAAAUAUCGCAUUUUUAGCUUGUGGUCCCUCUAGAGGUCACAAUUUUUUAUCUGAUUUAAAAAAAAUGAUUGAAUAUAUCACUGUUACACCCUUAUGAUAGUUAAGUUCAAAUUUCGUAAAAACCGGACCAAAUCUGCCACACAAAAUGGCUUCGCCUUGCACGCAAAUACAUGUAGUGUAAAAGUAUGUAAUACCAAGGUUGUGGACUCUAGAAGUCACAAUUUUUAUCUGAUUUUGAUGCAACUUAAAAUAUAUCUUUAUGUCGAUUUCAAUAUUCGCGCAUUUCAGACUAUAACUUCCUGGAUUAUGUCCCCUGAUUCUACAAAAAAUUGCUUUUUUUUUUAGCGUGUUUCAUAUCCAUCUAUUGCAAAAUAUGGGUGUAUCUUGCCUGGCAACCGCUGCUACCUUGUGUUCAAGCAUUUCCGUAUGCAAACAGCACUUUUUUAUGUAUGUACAUGUGUAUUAUUUUAAUGAUGAUCUCUAAUCCUACUAGAUUUGUAAAUAGAAAUAAUCAUAAAUACUUUAAUGUCAUAAUGUUUGUAUUUAAUUGUUUUAACAAUAGUACAUUCCAUAUCAAGUAUUAACAUUAAAGAUGUAUUGUGCAUAUAAAAAUUUCAUCUGUAUGAUUGCAUUUCUUUCUAUAAACGAAAAUAGAUUGAUAAAAUAUUAUAUUUAAUUCUGUGAUUUCAGUGUAAUACACAAUAUUAGACAUAGAAUUAAUAAAUUACAAAAAUAUACCAAUAUGCUGUAGGUUAAUGAUGUAUCAUUUGGUCUCAUUUAAUAUCUGAUGUAAAUAUAUAUGAUGUACUUUACAUGAUAAAAAUUGUAUUAUAUAUUUUUUACUUAAAAUAUUUACACCACAUUCCCCCCAUUAUGGAAAGAAUAUAUAAUUUUAAUAUUCACACAAUAUGUAUAUAAUAUUUACUAAUAUAUGAUAGAAUUAUUUUUUUUACAUAUUUAGAAUGUAAAGGUGCCUAUAUUUAUUAUUAAUUAUAAAUAAGCAGCUAGAUUUUUUCAAAUAUCUUAUUUUCAUCAUCCCAUACAUUAAAUUGCUUGAUAACUGGAGAAAAAAUCCAGUUAGAAUAUUGUUUAUGAAUUAUUUAUUUUAUUGCUCAAAAGUUUUGCCAAUGUAUAAAGGCUUAUCAAGGCCGUACCAAAAAUGUGAUUUGCGGGUGGGGGGUGGUGGAGUUUUUAUUUGGGCUAAAAAUCACAUUGAUCUGAUCAUGAACCUAUUCAUUUAAAAUUUUUAUAGAGCUACUUCCUAUAAUUUACAUGUGAUUAUCAAACAAUCUAAUUAAAUUACAGAUCUAUAUUUCGUUCCAUUUAUUUAUACAAUGUAGCCUACUUUUGAUGGCCUACGCUACAUGAAGAUCUGACCAGUUGUAGUGGAAUGUUUUAUACGAGCCGCGUUUGACCUUAUGACGUCAGACAUUGAUUAAUCAAUCAGCGUUGACGUUUCUAGUGGUUUACCCAAAGUUCCAUGCACCUUAUGCAAAAAACUCACCGUAACAGACCGUUUCAUUGGCUAAUACCUCACAUCUUUCAGAAUGCGGGUUAUAUAACAACUCUUCAGGAUCACAUUGUAGUAAAGACAAGUAAAACAAAAUUUUGAUCUAUUGAAAAACAAAACGAAAUCAGAUUGAUUAUCAAGAAGACUGUUUAUUACUUUUUAAAAAUAACACCAGAUCAUGCGAUCCUUUUGAAGUAAUGCAGGAUUAUCUGAAAACCAGAAUUUUUAUUUUUUAUAGACGAAAACAUUUAUUGAUCAAUAAGGGCUGUUGCAUACUGGAAUGUCCAUAAUUUUAAAAUACGAACAUGAAUUUUUGUAUGUUCUGCACAUUUUUAUUAUAAACAAUUAAAUUGUUUUUAGUAAUUUAUAUAAUGGUCAAGCACUUGUUGGGGGUAUGUUGACUUUAAUAUUUUCUUUAGAAAAACAGGUCUGUUUAUUUAAUGACUGUUUAUUUAGUUUGAUUGACUUGUGGUUCGGCCACCAUCUCUCUUUCUCUGGUAUUCAUCUUGGCUCUAAUCUUUCAUCCUCAUUUUUAUACGAACAGAUUUUAUACAAAUAUAUUGUAACAUACCAUUCCAUGUUAUCUUUUAAGAUUAAAUGUUUACAUAAAAAUAA